GAAAAUAGCAGAAGGAGGAUUUAGUAUUAUUUAUAAAGCAACUUGGUCCAAUGGCGUAUACAAUACUGAUGUUGCUAUAAAAAAAUUACAUGAUUCACGAAAUAUCAGUAAAGAUUUUCUAAAUGAGUUAAAAUUACUUUAUCAAUGUAAUCAAUGUAAUAAUAAAAUUAUAGAAAGGGUAAUUAUUACCUGUUAUGGUAUUACACAAGAUCCUAUAACGAAAGAGUACAUGUUAGUAAUGGAUUAUGCAAAUGGUGGAAAUUUACAUGAUUAUUUGCAAAAGAAUUUUAUAAAUAUUACAUGGAAAAAAAAAAUAAAUAUUUUAUGGGAAAUUAUAAAUGGACUUCAACAUAUUCAUGACAAUAAUAUUAUACAUAGAGAUUUUCAUAGUGGAAAUAUUUUAUUAUCUUAUCAAUUGGAAGAUGAAGAAGGUAAAGUUAUACAAAAUUGGAAAAUUGGAGACUUAGGAUUAUCACAGCUUGUAAAUGAUAAUCUUUCAAAUAAUGAAGUAUAUGGAGUAAUACCUUAUAUUGCGCCAGAAAUAUUCAAAGGAGCUGCAUUUUCAAAAGAAUCCGAUAUAUAUAGUUUGGGUAUGAUUAUGUGGGAACUUACAACAGGUUGUAAACCUUAUUCCAAUAUUGAACAUGAUAUUCACCUUAUGUAUGAAAUUAUUGAUGGAAGGCGGCCUGAAAUUACAGAUGAUACCCCUGUAUGUUAUGCUAAUUUAAUGAAAAAAUGUUGGAAUUCUGAUCCUUCGAAGAAAAGACCAACUAUUGAUGAAAUCAUUUGUACAGCUAGAAAAUGGGUUCAUGGUACAUUUCAUAGUACAUUUGAGCAAGCCGAAAGAAAAAGAUUAGAAUUAAUACAAUUAAAGAAACUUGGACCUGACUUUUAUGAAAAAUAUCAUUCAAAAGCGAUUUAUACAAGUAGAGCAUUAAGUUCUUUAAUUUCUCGAUCUUCUACAAAAUUAUCUUCAAUUAUUUCAUUUAAUUCAUUUAACGCGAAACAAGGUAUAUUACAAUACACUGUAAAAAUAAUUAACUAUUAA